CCCGCGCCCCCGCGCCUCCCAGCAGACCAACAAGCCGAGUUCGAGCGUCUCCAGCGCCAGGCCUCCGUCUCCAGCGCCUUCCAACACCUCUUCGAGGGCGACGUCAACCCGCGCACCGGCGAGGUCGGCGGGCCCAAGCGGGAGCCGCUUCGUUGGGGGUCUGGCGGUGAUUGGAGCUACAACGGUCGCGUGACGGAUUUCUAG